UUGGUCGACUCCCAGUUCAACAAACAGGGUUUUAGACUGAAACCACACAUGCUAGCAAUUUGCAAACGUGACUCUGAUUUUUGCCAGUCUUUUAUUUUAAAUUGGGAAGAAACAGUCACUCUUCCAUCGGUUAUUACCAUUACCAUCUCGUAAGACAUGUCUGAUACAGAUUUAGGAAAGGUUGAAGAUUUCAAGAAUAGACUUCUUGAGGAGGCUGAGAGUCUGGUUCACACCGUUUUCCCGCAGAAGAUUGUUGAGCUGAAUGAGCUGCACCAGUCCGAAAUGCUGUCCAGAAGUAGAAUGCCGGAGGUCCACAGCAAACUGAACAUCCCUGUACCAGAGCCACUGGUUGUCAUCAAUAGUGACAUGCCAGAGAGAAAAAAGAGGAAAGUAGAAGAAGACGGGGAACUAGACAUGAAAUCAGUACAAGGGUCCCGGGUGUUGGCGCUGCCCGACGGACUGGCGCCGUGCAACAAGCACCUGGUGGACAUCAUCAACAUCCUCAAGCCCCGGGUGUGUCUCAUGAUUGACCACAUCAACACACUGAAAAUGUGGAUCCAGCUCCUCAUCCCCCGAAUCGAAGACGGUAACAACUUUGGCGUCUCCAUCCAGGAGGACACGUUAGCAGAGCUGAGGCAAGUGGAGAGCGAGACGGGGGCCUAUCUGGACCAGAUCUCCCGGUACUUUAUCACUCGGGCGAAGCUGAUCAGUAAAGUGGCCAAGUAUCCACACGUCGAGGACUACAGGCGGAGUGUGUUUGAGAUUGAUGAAAAGGAGUUCCUCAAUCUGAGGCUUACAUGUGCCGAACUCAGGAACACAUAUCUGUCUCUCUACGAUCUCAUCAUGAAAAACAAAGAGAAGAUUAAGAAGCCACGGAACAGCAAUGCGGAAACGCUCUACUAGAAACGCUUCCCGUUGUCAUGGCAACAAGGACUGGUAAAAUCUCUGCAUUUGAAAAACAAAACAAAAAACCCCCAAAAAUGUCAGCCAUUAAGUUGGCCUGUUCCCUACAGUUUUUUUUACAUUUUAAAAUUUGGGGGUGAUGACUUGGGGUAAAUUCACACCCUUCCUGGCCCAACUUCCAAGCAGACUCAUCAAGUUCACUCCCAUGAGUGUGAGUGCUACAGUAUUGAAGUUGUAGUCAAGUACAUGAAAGUCAGAUACGAGUACACGUAUCAUAACACUCCAUGCUAAUGGUAUUGAGGAGUCAGUCUUGAAUGAAAUAAUAUUGGGCCCGGUAAAACCCUCAUUGGGCUGGUGAAAGAUAAAGAGAUUGCCAAACUGGGGUUUUUUUAAUGCAAAGUACAUGUACAUGUAUACAGGUUCUGAGCAAGUGAGUUGAAACGUAACUGUUGUAGUCAGCUGUCGUGGCCUGGUCACAAUGUCUGCACUUUUGGGGAAAGUCUGUUGUACGGUUUCCAUUGGAUAUAAUCUUGGAAUGAAUCAUGGUCGAGGCACAAACAUUUGUCAGGUUUCACCUGUACCGAAAUGGGUGAAAGGAUGUCACCACAAUUCUGUAAUCUGGAACACCAGACGGGUAGCACAGGAUUUCCAACCAGUUAUGCUCUGUAGUCUGGUUCACCUACUUGACAUUUCCUUGGUGUCUGUGAAUUGUUGGUCAGGCAGGCAUGACCAAUAAAAUACAACAUGGACGUCUGGGGGGAAGCGCAGCUAUUUUUAGAUGCAAGCCUGCAUGUCUGUUUGUUUUAAAAGUUUGCUGAUUAAAGCUUUGUAAGCAUCAGUCGAUAAACAUAAAUAUCAAGAACUUCUGAAAGCUGAAAAGAAAAGCACUUUGUAUACAUACGUGCCAGAUAUUCAUGAACAAUAAGUAAUGUUUCCCAAAAUUAAUGCAAAUGUGUUUUGAAAAAUCCAUGGAAUUUAUGACUCUCUGAAAGGUCCCGUCUUGGGUCAUUUGACACUGGCUGCUGUCAGACCCCAUGUUUCUUUUAAAUAGAAUCUUGUGGUCAGGGAACCAAACUACGAUGUAAUCACCCUGACAGGCUGGUCAUUAAUUGCUGACUAGUCUAGGGAGAUCAUCAGCUAGGAUUGAAAAUGUAAUCGGCCAUACCAGUUGUUCUGAAACAACUUGAUUCUAAGGUGGCCAAAGAAAAUGCAGAAAAUCAUUAGGAAUCAGCAGUCGAAAGUGUUAGAAUGAAAAGGGGGGCAUAUUUUUUCUUUCUUUGGGAAUCAUAAAAAAUUGUUCUUCUGUGCAAGGAAUAAGAUUUUUAUUGCUGUGCAAAUUACGUGACCUUUCAUUAAUAUUUCGAUUAAACUGAAGCCCAUCAUAACACUGAGGAGCCUAAUCCCUAUUGUUUUGUUUCCCUGGCUGAUAUAACUUUUCUUUACUUUUUUGUUUGGUGUUGUAAAGUUCCAGUUUUUGUUUUGGAAACCGUCAUUUUUGUGUUGCGUUAGUACUGUAUUUAUUGUCUUUUGUGAUUACACGUACUGUUCAGAGUACAGGAAACUUUAGGUGUGAGAUCCAACAAAGUUACGAGAUGCAAGGAGAAUUUUCAGUAAUUUUUUGCCACAGUGCAGAAAAACUGAAGUGCACAGACAAGUUGGAAGUAAGUAUAUACAUGUACAUGCAGUUGUGGCCUACGUGUAGUCUGGCUCUGAUCAUGGUGAUGAUGAAGUCAUACUGCUCCUGUGCACAGUGGGACAGGGUACUACAUGUACUUCCCUUUUAUGUGUUUCACAUGAAAUUGCCAUCAAUCAUAAACUUUUAUCUUAUGUUAAAAAUAAAACGGACAACCCUAAAAUUGUAUUUAAUGUGUGAAAGGACAAGUUAGGGUGUAUGGAUAGUCUCUAAUAAACAGUUGACAAGCUGUACUU